AUGGCACACCGCAAGCGCCACGCAGAGGACCCUCUCGAUGAGAUCGCAGGCAUCGACUCGCCCGCUUCGAAACGCUCCCGAACCGUCGACUCCCUCCUAUCCAACGGCUCAAUCGACCAAAACGGCCACGCAACAACAUCACAAGAAGAAGCGACGACACCAACAAAUGGAAACGCAGAGACGGAGAGGAAACCAGAAGACGAUGACGAAGACAGCGACAUCGAAGACGAGACGCUCGUCCAGGCCCCGAUCCGCCAGUCCGCGCCGACAGACGGCUACGACGACCUCUACCUCGACACGAUAGACCGCAACGUCCUCGACUUCGACUUCGAGAAGCUGUGCUCCGUCAGCCUGUCCAACAUCAACGUCUACGCAUGUCUUGUCUGCGGCAAAUACUACCAGGGCCGCGGGCCCAAGUCCCACGCCUACUUUCACGCCCUCGACGAGAACCACCACGUCUUCAUCAACAUGCAGACGCAGAAGGUCUACGUGCUGCCGGAGGGCUACGAGGUCAAAUCGAAGUCGCUCGAUGAUAUCAAGUUCGUCUCAGACCCGCGGUAUAGCAAGCAAGAAGUCGCCGCGCUCGACCGCACGCCGCUGCGCGCGUCGUUCACGCUGGCGGGCAAGGAGUACGCCCCUGGGUUCGUGGGCAUGAACAACCUGAAGGAAAACGACUACCUCAACGUCAUCGUGCAAGCGUUAGCGCACGUCGCACCACUGCGCAACUUUUGCCUCCUCGAAGACCUCUCAUCGCGAACCGAGCUGGCGAAACGCUUCGGCAUCCUGGUCCGCAAGAUCUGGAACCCACGCGCCUUCAAAGCCCACGUCUCCCCGCACGAGCUGCUCCAGGAAAUCUCCCUGCUCUCAAACAAGCGCUUCACAUUGACAGCGCAAUCAGAUCCGGUCGAAUUCCUGUCAUGGUUCCUCAAUAAUCUACAUCUCGGGUUCGGCGGCUCCAAGACGAAACCGGGCAGCUCCAUCGUACAGCGCAUUUUCCAAGGCAAGCUCAAGGUCGAGUCGCAAGCCAUCACCGCCCGCGCCGAUGCGGGCGACCGCCUGCGAUUCGAGGACGCCGCGGUGUCGAUGACAUCGACGCGCUUCAUGUUCCUCACCCUCGACCUCCCCGCCGCGCCCCUCUUCCAGGACGAGCUGGAAAAGAACAUCAUCCCCCAGGUGCCCCUGACCACGAUCCUCUCCAAAUACGACGGCAUCCAGGCCCAGGAGCACCUCGCCCAGCGCAAGCGCUACCGCCUCCUCCACCCCCUCCCGCCCUACCUCGUCUUCCACGUCAAGCGCUUCAGCCAGAACAAGUUCGUCUCGGAGCGCAACCCGACCAUCGUCACCUUCGACCCCAACGGCCUCGACGUCAGCCCCUACGUCGAGCCCAACCCGGCCGAGUGGCCCCCCGGCGAGCCCAUCGUCUACGACCUCGUCGCCAACGUCGUCCACGAGGCCGUCCGCGCCAAGGAGGACGUCGCGGACAGCGGGGAGGAGCGCAAGACGUGGAAGGUGCAGCUGCGGGACAAGGGCCGCGACGAGUGGGUUUCGUGCCAGGACCUGUUCGUGGAGAAGGUGCAGAGCGAGUUGCUGUACCUGGGAGAGACGUAUCUCCAGGUCUGGGAGAGGAGGCGGACACCAAAGGGCAAGGGCAGGGCGUAA